AUGAUGGCUUUUGUAUGUAUUUCGAGAAAGGAACAACGCGACUCAUCAAAAGAUACUUUGUUUCAGCUAAUAACAUUCGUGAGUGAUGUGACGCACCUCAUCAAAGAUGCAAGAAUGGGACUCAUUUCUGUCGGAUGCCCAGCAUCGACAAGCAUUCCGAUAGGGAGUUACACAAUGACAGAAUUCACGCAUCUACUGAAUUCGUUGAAGUAUCCCAACGGUAAACCUGAAAUGUUCGCCGCUUUUAACCUUGCCAGGGAUCUUAUAUAUCUUCGAAGGGAAGGUGUACUGACACUUUUCAUCAGUUUUGAAGGGAAGCAUGGGCAUUCUAACGAAACUUAUGCAGCAAGGCUUGCUGGGUCUGCUGAAAAUGUCAUUCAAGUUGAUAUCGACAAGCCUGCUUCUAGAGAUUUCGCAAAAAGCGUCGAUUUAGUGGACGACAAAAUGAGAAACUUGUGUUUCGUGAGCAACCGGCCAACUGUAGAUCCGACCUCACUUCAGACAUACAGGUGCCCUUCGGUAAGACUGCUUUUUAUCAAUUCAUGUUGGAAGGCUGACUAUUAA